UACAGAAGAGUGAACACUGAGAUAGAACACAGUUGUUCAAACUGGGGAAUAAAGAGGAAACAACUCAACAGUUGUUGUUUUUUCAAAGAUUGUAUUCUUGUUGCCAUGGCGAGGCGUCCACUCUCUGAGCACCUUCCCUUUGGCAGUGGCCAUGUUAGAUCCUCUCAUGAAGCUCAGCUGGAUGAAGAGGAGGAGGAGCAUGGACCCAUUAUCUCUCUGUCCAAGAGCUCCAUGGACAUAGUCAUGACAAGAGGGAUGCCUUUCUUGCGAGAUCCUGCCUUGGCAAGACUGGAUCUAAGACGGAGCGCCAGCCAUCAGACCCACACAAGUCAAGCCAUAGCCCCAAACAUACAGGCCCUGCAGCAAGCGUUCAUUAAGACACCCCACAACAAACAUAAACUACAACAGACAAACACAUUUCAACCUACAAACUUAUCCCAACAAGGAAACCCAAAAUGUGAGAAUUUUAACGUGUGUAGUGGGAGUGUGUGUAGUGGAAGCAGCACUCCAGACACAGUUAUAUGGAAGGAAGGGACUUCAAACCCCUGUAGUCAUACUGAACAAGCCCUGUACUCUCCCGGAUCUCCCUUCUCUAGACAGGCCUCUGCCCUUUCUACUCCUCCCUCAUUCAUUUCACCCCCUCAGACCCCAGUGGCAUCUCCCUCACAUACACGCACAUGUGUCCCUUCCCCUCUGCUACUACCACAACAGAAACACACAGCCAUCUCACCCACAUCUACCUCUUGCUCCUCUGGGACGAAUGUGGAGGGGAUAGGCACAUUUGGAGGGAGCCUGGUGGAUGCAGAGUGCAGUGAGGAAGAGACGAACAACGGAGAAAGAACCCCCACCCUUUUCACCAGUUCCAGCGACACACAUUCCCAAGGUGGACUUCCAGGAAGUCUAGUUGAAGCACAGAACUGCAAGACGCAUGUACCCUUUGACAAACUGCAGAAGAGAGACAGAGUCUCCUGGCAUCAUAUGGACUUUCCAUGGUUAUCAACAAACUGUCUGCCUGCCUCCUCCCCCUCCCAAUAUCAAAUUGAAUUCACGUCAUCGCUCAGCGACUCACAAAUGGAUGGCGGCUUCUUCAAGUCUGCCCAUGUGAAACAGGAGAUGGCGAGCUUGGGGACAUCCCCACAGCUGCGCCACGGUCGGGGGAGCGGUGCAUGUAAGGAGGAGGGGACGAUGACGUCCCAGAUGGAGUUGAGAGACAUGGCGGUCCAGGUGGGCUCUCCUUUUGGAUCGAUGUGGAACCUGGGGAGACACCUGGGCUCCUACAUGGGAUCCCACUCCAUCCUGGGCUCUCCCCCAGGGUCGAGACUCAACCUGAGGUCAUCAGUAGGUUCCCACUCUAACCUGGUGUCUCCCUCCUCCAGCAUGUUCUGCGUGGACAGCUCUGGAGAGGAGGGGAAUGGGGAGGACGAGGUGGUGUGGGAGGUCAGCACUCCCCCACCGGCACCUGGAGGGAGGAGAAGGUCCUGUCUGAAGGUCCAGACUGAGGAGGGGAGGAGGACUGGGGGGAGGGAUUACACACGGAGGAGGAGUAGUAUGAAGCAGGUGCAGUGGGAUGAGGACGGGAUGACGUGGGAUGUACACGGAGCAUCUCUGGACCCCGAGGAGUUGACCUCAGCCAUACAGAAGCACCUGCAGAGGAAAACCUACAAGGCCAGAGAGAACAAGACCAAGAACAAAACCAAAACCACCAAGAUCAAAAGUCCUGCCACAGUAACCGAGACACCGCCCACGGUCCCAGAAACCUCUGCACCAGUUGAGCUCUCUACUGCAGUAGAGACUGAAGCAGGGCCAGCAGUUGUAGAGCGAAAGGAAUAUAAGGUAGAGGGAGGACAAGGGGGAAAAGAUAGAGAGGUACAGGAGGAAGAUGGCAGUGCAAAGGAGAGGGAGGAGGGGGGAACCCAAACAUCAAACAAGUCGCCCUCCCUUGAGAGAAGGAGAAUCCGGACAAGGCGCAGGAGCGUGAUGAGGUCACUGAGGAAGCCUGGCUGCUGUGUUCGCUCCAGCAAAGCCAGCGACUGA